AGGAGCUGUGGUGAGCCUACCUACGGUAUUACCGAUUUCUUCGUAAAAUGGCUGAAGCCAUGGCAGGUAACCAGGACAUUUUUAUGUGUCCUAUUUGUUUGCAUCUUCUGAAAGAUCCAGUUGGUCUUGCUUGUGGACACAAUUACUGUUUGGGCUGUAUUGAGGACUGCUGGAAUGAGGAAGACGUGAAGGGCAUUUACAGCUGUCCCCAGUGCAGGAAGACUUUCACUCAAAGACCCGUUUUAAGCAAGAAUGUUAUAAUUUCUGAGCUCGUGGAUCAAAUGAGGAAGAGCAGAAUACAAACUGCAGCUCCUGUUGAAUGUGCUGCUGGACCUGGAGAUGUGGCCUGUGACGUCUGCACCAGUAGAAAACUCAAAGCUGUCAAGUCCUGUCUGGAGUGUCUGAAGUCGUAUUGUGCCACUCACCUAAAAGCUCACAACAAUGACCUUAUAGAUGGAAACCACACCAUUACCGAUGCCACGGGCCAGCUACAGGAGAGGAUCUGUCCCAGUCAUAAGAAGGUUUUUGAGAUAUUCUGUCGCACUGAUCAGAGCUGUAUCUGCUAUCUGUGUAUGAUGGAAGAUCAUAAAGGGCAUGACACAAUCACAGCAAAAGCAGAGUGGAGUCAUAAAAAGGAGGGAUUGGGACAGAGUCAGAGGAGAUGCCAGCAGAUAAUCCAGUUGAAGGAGAAGGAGCUGCAGGAGCUGAGGAAGGCUGUGGAGACUCUCAAGUCUGGUGCACAGACAGCAGUGAAGGAGAGUGAGAGGAUGUUUACUGAGAUGAUCCGCUCCAUUGAGAAAAGGUGCUCUGAGGUGACAGAGCUGAUCAGAGCUCAGGAGAAGGCUGAGGUGAAUCGUGCUGAAGGACUCCUGAAGCGACUGGAGCAGGAGAUUGCUGAGCUGAAGAGGACAGAUGCUGAGAUGAAGCAGCUUUCACAGACACAGGAUCCCAUUCAUUUCCUCAAGAAUAUCGUGUCCAUCAACGCGAGGCCUUACAGCACAAUUUCAACCAACGUGACCUUCAGCCAAAACUUCUCCUUGGAGCCCCUGAAGAAAUCUGUGUCUGCACUGAAGAUGCAGCUGGAGGAGAACUUAGAAUCAGUCUUCAAGCAGGAAAUAGUCAAGAUAUCUGAAGCAGCUGUGAAGAAUAUUCAGAUCAUCAAGAGCAUACAGCAUACUGAUCCUGAACUCCCAGUCAGAAGAACAAGCAGCAAGGAAGACCUGCCACCAUUUAGUAAGUCAUUACUAUAUCAGCGUACUGCAUUGUGCAGUGGGGGAAGGACACACACACACACACACACACACACACACACACACACACACACACAAGGACUAAAAACGUGUGUCUUGUCUCCUCUAGAUUCCUGUCACUUCACUCUGGAUCCAAACACAGCACAUAGAGAACUCCAUCUCUCUGAAGGGAACAGGAGGGUGGAGAGGAGACCUAAGGCCCAGUCAUAUCCUGAUCAUCCAGACAGGUUUGAUUGGUGGCAGCAGGUGCUGUGUAGAGAGGGUGUGUCUGCACGCUGCUACUGGGAGGUUGAGUGGAGUGGAGAGUGGGUUGGUAUAGCAGUGUCAUAUAAAAGCAUCAGCAGGAAAGGACAGGGUCAUGAGUGUUUGUUUGGAGGUAAUGAUCAGUCCGGGAUGCUGGUACUCUCCGGCUCCAGCUCCUAUUUCUUGCACAAUAAUGGACAGACUAAACUCCCUCUAGUGGCCAGCUCCAGAAUAGGAGUGUAUGUGGAUCACAGGGCAGGAACUCUGGCCUUCUACAGCAUCUCUGGAGACACAAUGACCCUCCUGCACAGAGUCAACACCACAUUCACACACACUCUGUACCCUGGGAUUGGGUUAUAUGGUCUUGGAUCAUCAGUGAAGCUGUUGUGA